GUAUGAGUGAACCGUCUCAGUAGUACACCGCUUAUAUUUAACCUGAAUACAGUCAACCCACGUUCCUAUGUGACUUCUUUCUAGACUAAUAGCGUAAAAAUGGCAUUUUCGCCAUUGUGCGUUUUUCUGUGUGUAUUACAUUUGGUACAUGGAGUACCAUUGGAACUGUUUUAUCCUUACGGGCAAAAAGUUGGGGAUGAAGUUUUACCAGUCGGCGAUGAUCUGAGUUCUGACGAAUUUUCACUGAACACGCCUAUAGCAUUUUAUGAAAACUAUUACAGAACUGUUUAUGUCAAUGUUAAUGGACAUCUGUCUUUUGAAACAGACUUACCUGAUUAUAGGGCGACAUUAGUUUUGCCUAUAGGAUUUAAAAUUAUAGCAGUGUAUUUGUCGGAUGUUGAUACAAGAAGUGCAGGAUCCGUGUUUUACAGAGAAACCAACGAACUGUCCCUUUUACAGAGAGCAGCUCUAGAUGUCCAAGCUCAUUUUACCGGACAGGAAGCGUUUGAACCAAAAUCACUCUUCAUUGUCACCUGGCAUAAAGUUGGGGCUUACAAACAAACAUCAGACAAACUCAAUACUUUUCAAGUAGUAAUCGCAUCAAAUGGACGUGAUUCCUUUGCCAUCUUUCAGUAUUUAGAUAAUGGCAUGGAAUGGCUUACAGGUGAUGGCAAAACUAGCCCCAGUUUGCCUGAUGUACCAGCUCAGGCGGGAUUUGACUCCGGAGAACGACAGCGAUUUGUAAAGCUACCCAAUUCAGGAACGACUACUUCAUACGUAAACGAUACAAAUGUGAAUAUUCCUGGAGCCUGGAUGUUCCAUAUUGGCAACACUGGUGGAUCAAACAUAGCAUCAGCCGAUCUGAAUACUGGGGAAGUCGUUUUCUUUAAUGUCGACAGCGAAGAAGGUUCCUGUUUAGAAGGCGCAAGAAGGUGUCACAUAAAUGCUAAAUGUGUUGACUUUGAUUCUGGUUUCUGUUGCGAAUGUCUUCCUCCAUAUUACGGAAAUGGUCUACAAUGUCUUGAGCCAGGCAUCCCACAACGAUUGAAUGGUAAAGUGUAUGGCGUUGUUAACGGCUUUCGUCUCCAGGAUUUAGACCAACACACGUACGUUGUCACCUCUGAUGGGCGAGCCUAUACAGCCAUUAGUCGGGUACCACCGGAACUUGGAGUUGGUUUACAGACACUUAAUACAAUCGGCGGAAUAAUUGGUUGGUUAUUUGCAAUCCCCUCUCACCCACGUGCUAAAAACGGUUACGCUUAUACAGGAGGCGAAUUUAACAGAACAGUUACUGUCACUUUCUACGAUCAAAAUACUACGACAACUCUAUCUAUAAGGCAACAGUUCUUUGGCCACGAUGCGCUGAACAACAUGCGAAUGGAAAGCCGAGUCGAUGGAAGUCUACCACGUAUACCUAUAGAUGCAAAAGUGACGGUUGACGAUUAUAAAGAAAACUUUAAACAUGUUGCCCCGGGAUUAAUUAAAUCAUAUUCCACCAGAACAUACAGAGUUAACGAUAUCGCAUAUCGUUAUACCUGGGAUCAAAUAAUCUCAUUUAAAGAAUGUCAAAAUCACCCCGAAUUGGAUGUGGGUAACACUAUGCAGCUAACUAUCACAAGAAGUUUUGUGGUGUACAACAACCAAGAUCAAGUUGUUAGAUACGCUGGUUCUAACAGAGUUGGCAUUUUAGUCGGUGAAGACCCUUGUCGCAACGCCGCCCAAGAUUGCGAUGUUAAUGCAGAUUGUAUUCCUUCCGGCGAAACGUUUCGUUGUAAGUGUCGUGUUGGUUAUGACGGAGACGGGGUAUCCUGCCAAGAUGUCGAUGAAUGUAGCUUUGGUUUGAAUACUUGCGAUGAAAAUGCUCGUUGUUUCAAUGUCCCCGGAUCUUUCCAAUGUCAGUGUGCACCAGGUUAUUCAGGUGACGGUAGAAUAUGCAAACGGGAGCGAAUUCAGUGUGGAGACAAUUACUGUGACCUCAAUGCCAAAUGUGUUUACAAUAGCAACCAACAACCCCUAUGUGAAUGUAACACUGGCUUCGCUGGAAAUGGACUGGAGUGUUAUCCCGUAGAGUUUGGGUGUAAUGAGGUGGACACAUGUGGCGAUAACGCUGAUUGUAUGUAUGACCACGUCCUGAUGAAAUAUAGAUGUGAAUGUGUUGAAGAUUUUAGUGGCGACGGCAUAACUUGUCAACCAACAAAUGAUCGUAUUGACUGUAGAAACUGUGAUUCAAAUGCUGAAUGUACAUACGAUGUAGAAAGGUUUGCCUUUAGAUGUCAAUGUAAAGCUGGGUAUACUGGCACAGGUUAUACCUGUUCUGCAUUAGACGGGUGUGCGUCAUGCGACCCAGAUGCCGAAUGUGUUCAAGAUCCCUCUACGUCCAGUCACCGUUGUUAUUGCCGACGAGGAUUUUAUGGCGAUGGUAUCAGAUGUCAAAGAUACGAUUGUCUACGCCAACAGGUAUGCGACGCUAAUGCUAAGUGUAUUCAGGAAGAAAAUACCGAAUUCAACAUCUGCGAAUGUAAUAGUGGUUAUCGUGGAGAUGGCAGAAGAUGUGUAGCGGAAGGUUGUAAUAUUUUGAAUGACUGCGACGCCAAUGCUCAGUGUCUUGCUGAUCCCAGAGAUAAUCGUCGUUAUAUGUGUAGAUGUAACACUGGAUAUGAAGGUGAUGGUAGAGUUUGUAUACAGAGAAUCGUACCCUGUAACCAAAUUAAUAACUGCGCUCCAACUGCAGAAUGUAUAUACAAUCCAGACUCUCUAUCUUAUAGGUGUCGUUGUGGGCCUGGUUACGAAGGUGAUGGAUAUCAAUGUCGGAGAAGAACUGACGUUAAGGAUUGUUCAAGCGAUGCAACAAUGUGUGACCCGAAUGCGUCUUGCCAGUUUGUUUAUGACCAUAGUAUAUGUGUGUGUAAUGCUAAUUUUAGAGGGGAUGGUAGUUCAUGCAUUCCAAUCGUUGGUGAGGGUAAUUAUUUGAUUUAUGCCCAGGGUUAUAAGCUAAUGAAAUCACCACACGAAUCGUCCGCUGACACACAUGGUCAACAGUUAAUAUCUGACCCCAGUCAAUUGGCCAUUGCUGUUGAAACUGACUGUAAAAGUGGUUAUCUUUAUUGGACCGAUGUUUACCGAGGACAGAUCAGACGAUCUAAUUUAGACGGAUCAAACGACGAAGUUCUACUGACAGAUCUCAGCUCACCAGAAGGAAUUGCCAUUGAUUUCGUUUCUAGAAAUUUAUAUUUUACCGAUUCGGGUCUCGAUAUAAUUGGCGUGGCUAAAUUAGAUGGAUCAGAAAGAACGUCUCUUUUCAAAAAUAAUUUAGAAAAUCCCCGCGCUAUUGCUGUUGAUCCAAGUCGAGGGCAGUUGUAUUGGACAGAUUGGGACAGGAAUGGACCUAAAAUAGAACGCGGCAGUAUGGACGGUUCACUGAGAAAGGUCAUCGUACGGGAAGAUCUCGGUCUUCCAAAUGGACUCACUUUAGAUAUUGGAACACAACAACUGUACUGGGCUGACGCAGGAACGCAUCGUAUUGAGUUUGUAAGAUCUGACGGCGUGGGAAGAAGAACUAUUAUUAAAAAAGUGGCUUAUCCAUUUGACAUGACUUUCUUUAACGGUGUUUUAUAUUGGACUGAUUGGGAAACAAAACGAAUUGAAAGUUAUAAUCGUGACAAUGGGGAGGUUGGUACAAUUGAUCUUGUUCCAGGCGGAAAUGGUAAACUUUAUGGUAUCACAGCUGUACACAAUCAGUGUCCGCGAGUUACAAAUGCCUGCUCAUUAAAUAAUGGUGGAUGUCGUUUCUUAUGUUUACCAACGUCCAACGGGGGGCGUAAAUGUGUUUGUCCAGAUGAUGUUGACCCAAGACGAUGUAAUGAAAUAGUGAGCAAUCGUAGAAGUUAACCAAUUGUUUAUAUAGACAAUUACUAAACCGUACCAUUUGGCAUUAUUUACAAAAAAAAAACCUUUACUUUUAAUGACAAUUCAAAACGAAAGCAGUUGUCGUGUACGGUAAAAUGUUUAAAAAACAAAAAGAUUUUCGUUAUUUUAAAUAAUUAUGUGUAUUUUUUUUUUUUUACGUUAGAUGCCAUCAACUGUGUUAAAUGUGCAAUGUUUGCCAUGUACAAACUAGUCAAGCAAAGAAUAUUGCAUAUAGAUAUGUGGUAGAUGUAUUUUAAAGCAUAAUAAAUAUUUUUUAUUCUUUUUUUAAAUAAAUUAGUUUGGGUAACUAUUUUAUAGUCCGGUAAGAAAACUAUUGUCUCACUGGGACAUCACUUUAUAAUUAUGUUUUGCGGUAUUGAAAUAUAUACAUUUUGGUAUUUGAUGUACUCAAAUUGAUUUUUUAACUUUAAUUAGGAAAACAACUACUGAGAUAAUACCCAUGUCGGAUUAAAUCGGAUGAAAAGAUUUAGCUCUAUUUAAUGGGUGGUGGUGGCUUGUCAUAUGAAACAGUCUCAAACUAAAACGACACCAAAAUUUGGUCAAAACAGCCAUUAAGUUUAGUCAAAACGGCCGUAGAUUGGUUUUAAAUUAUAUACAUCAGAAAGAACAAUUUAAAUUUUUGUUAUUUAAAUGGUAGAUAUUUACAUAGAUUUGAACCAAAUUUUUGGCCGUUUUGAUGAAUGUGAAUUAUAGCCGUUUUGGUCUGCGGUCGUUUGGACCAUGUGCCGUUAUUAUCGUCUGUGAAAUUCUCAUCUUUGUAAAUACUGAGCAGCAUUGAGCAAAUUGUUGGACUGGUAUUCCUUUUAUAGAUUCAACUCUCACAACUCAAAAUCUCUCAAAUGACGAUCAUUGUCGGAUAUUGUCUAGUUAUUCCUUUUCUACUGGAUUGUCGCAGUUUUCAUAUUUCAAUAAAAUUGUCCAUCAUCCAUUUAAUGAUUUUCGGGCUUUCAGAUUGAUCGUCAGCCUUGGGUAAUCUCCCGUGUACACUUUGGCGUGUUUGUAAAAGAUCCCUUGGCAGUUGGAAUUCAAUAUAAGAGUAGGCCGUAGCGCCACUCUCCGGGCAAAAAUUUCCCCCAUAGCACACUGUAUAGCGUAUGCCCGUCUUCAUUAUCCCAGUCGGAGCAGAACGGUAGGACGUUAAACCCCAUUUCAUUUCAUUUCAUUUCCUUGGUAACUCCCGUUUGUCUACUUUCAAAUUACCUAUUGAUCUAAGUCGCCUUUCGCCACUUUAAAGUCUGUUUAUGAUAUAAUAUGCAUAAAUGUACCUUGCAUUAAAAUUAAAUUGUAGAAGCAUAAGAGUUAACUUAAACCA